AUGUUGAUAAGACCAUUGUUCAAUUUAUUCUUAGGUCUAAUUCUAAGCAUAGUAUUAAGCAACGUUUCCGCGAAAAUAGUGAAGAGAAUGGUUGGCGGCCUAGAGGCUCCACCCGGCCGUUUCUUGCAUCAAGUAUCUCUGCAAUAUCUCACCCCUUACGGCUGCGCUUAUCAUCAUUGCGGUGGUAGCAUACUUGAUGAAAAUCAUAUCAUCACGGCCGCCCAUUGCGUCACUGAUCUUACCACUCACAAGUUAGAUAAUGUACCGAUUUUCGUUGUUGCCGGUACAACUGAUCUGCGUGACAAAAGCUCCGGUAUUUAUCGCGACAUUGAGUUCACCUUCAUACCUAACUCUUACACGAAAAACCAUCCCAAGUUUUAUUUCGACGAUAUAGCAAUUUUGAGGUUGACGCACCCAUUGCCUCUCAAGGAUGAACACCAAAGAAUAAGGGCAGUCAAUUUACCUGCUGCCAAUCAGUAUCAAUCAGGCUAUACUAAUACACAAUAUGCCACCAUGAGUGGCUUUGGUACUUAUCAACAAACUGUGAACCCAUAUAGUGGUAAGAUAACAAAAGGGGGGUCCAGUCCAGUAUUAAAGUACACCUUUGGAAGGAUCAACACCCUUUUACCAGGUUAUGAACAUUUAUGCGGAGCCAAUCAAGUCUGUGUCACACCCUGGAAUCCGAACAGGGAAGGUGAGGAUGGUGGCAUAUGCCAGGGUGACAGCGGUGGUCCACUUGUUGAUGAAUCAACCAAUACCCUGAUUGGCAUUGUCAGUUCAACUCUUGAAGAGUGCGGACAAUUGUCUAUGUUCGCUAGAGUCUCGUCCUAUUUGGACUUCAUUAAAGUAGCAACGAAAGGCGGAUUUGCCAAACUAGUUGAUAAUGCUAUUUUUUCCAUGAAAGCCUAA